AUGUCAUUUGAGUUGUCCAAACUUUCGUCUUCUUCUUCGCGACCUUUUCCCUUGUCGUUGACAACUACGCUCACCACAUCUGCAAACCCUAGUUGUCAUCGAGACGAACAGGUAUGUCCAUUCAAUAUCAGUUGCGAUAAUUUGCAUGAGCUUCCUGUCAAUGAAUAUUUCUCCCGCUGUGGAAAAAAUAACUCGGCUGUUUGUGACGAUGCUGCUAUGACGGCUGUUAUCGGGGCUCGUAGAACAUGGAUCAGUUAUCUUACCGAACAAAGG